UGCGGAGUUGGGGCGACUGCACCGUCUAAAGUCCGAAUGCCCACCACGCAUCGAUCGAACCUGAAAACACUGGCGUGCCUUCCUUUAGCGGUGGUCUGCGCUGACAGUUUUCUUGUCUUGGCCCUCUUCCUUUCACACACAAUCUUCUCUUCUUCAUUCUCUGCUUUUUUGCCUCUUCUUUGUGGUUAAGACGUUUAUUACAGUCGCUUCGUUAGCCUCCUCCUUCCCCCCUCUUGUUUCAACACACGUUAUACUUGUACAGCCUGCGUCUUCAAGAUAGCUUCACCACUUCAAGCAGCAACGCUGCCAUGUCUAACGUUGGCGCCGUACCGAUCCAGAUAACUAAUUAUUCAUAAUGCCUCGCCACUCUACAGCAACCGCCAGUCCACUUGGCGUCUCUCCAGUUACCCCCGACGACCACAACAACCACCACCAUGCUACCACAACCUCUACCUCUCCCGUCAUCCCCAACACCCCCGGCGGCAGCGCCCUCAAGACACGCCGCUCUCAUCGCAAGUCUAGGAAUGGCUGCGCAGAGUGCAAGCGCCGCCAUAUCCGAUGCGACGAACGCCGUCCUGAGUGCUCCAAUUGCUCCAUUGCCGACAGAGCCUGCGCCUAUCCCAACGCUGCACCAACCGCCACCGCCGCUUCCAACCAAAACCGAGCGCGAAAGGCUGACCAGCAACAACAACGCCAAGAUAACGUCUCACCAGCUUCAAGUGGUCAUGCCGUUGACCCUUGCUCAAUGGUAUGGACGCCCGCUGCUUCAGACACAGCAGCUGGAGACGGCCAAAUGUAUCUCAACAACGGCUACCCACAGCAUCCGUCGAAGCAGUAUCACCAGCAGCAGUAUAGCAUAUCAGAUCCGCCGACACCACAUACUACCGAUUCACCUGGGUUAGCCUCGAUCGCACAUUCUCCACAUCCUGGACAAUUCAACGCUCAGCAUCUAAUGCUCUUACACCACGCUGUCACCGACAUGGAUCAUGGUGGUGUAGGGCCCCCCGGACAAAUGCAACAAAUCGUCUCUAUUGCAAUAUGUCGAACGACUGAUGCCCCCUACCUAAUAGACGAAAUGCUUGCCCUUUCUGCUCUGCACAUUGCCUCCCAACUUCCAGAUGACGCUUCGCCGCAAGCUACGAGGUUCGGUGGCGCCAUGUCCGUUCCGGCGCUGCAACGUCUGGCAACUGAGCUUCAGACCCGUGCGGUUACCUCCUUUACACGCCUAACCAAAGGAAUAGCAGCCGAUGAUACCGAAACAUGUGUUCCUCGCUUUCUUUUCUCCAGCAUUCUCAGUCUGCACUCUCUCGCGGAGACAUUGACGGUGCUUCGCUCCGAUGAUGUCAAUUUCCACAGCUUCAUCGAUCGAUUUGUCGACUGUUUCCACCUUCAUCGUGGUGUUCGCGCUGUCAUUCAACCCACCUUCCAAUUUCUCAUACAAUCCGAGCUACGACCCCUCCUCGAAAUCACACACCAGGCGGUUCCGCAUUCGCAGACACCAGGUGGCGAAUGUGUCCCAUUACAGGAGCUGCUUAGCACCUCUGAUCUCGCCGAUGCCAAUCUACAAGCAUGUCGUGCUGCUGUAGAGAAGUUGCAGUGGUCUUUUGAUCUCUACAAUAACUUGCCAGAUCGUAACGGUCCUCACGCCGCUUCUGGCUUCUCCGUCAUGGUCCAAGCAGAGUAUGUAGAGGUUCUCCGCAAGCACCGCCCUGAAGCCCUCGUCAUUCUCGCCCAUUACGGCGUGCUGCUGCACCGUUGCCGCAGAUUUUGGAUGUUCCGGGAUGCUGGCGCUCGAAUGAUUCACAUCAUCGCUAAGCAUUUGGGAAGCUACUGGCAUAAGGCAAUGGCGUGGCCUCUGAGAGUUGUCGAAGUAGAGCGCUAAGCGAGACGCACUAUUUUGUACUUUUCCGUUGUUGUUGUUUUUCUUUUGAAUUCUGGAGUUGGGGAUAUAUACACACACAAUACUGGCGGACAAGGCGAUAAACAGGUUUUGGCAUGGUUGAUUAGCGAAACAAAGGAUAGCGCACUUUUUACUUCGGGGUUGGAUAUACCUGUUUGUACAAAGAUCUAGAAUUAAAAUACAUGCAAAUUAUACAUGUACUCGACUCACUCAUCAUUCGGUCACUCAUUCGUACUAGAUUCGUCUUUUCUCAUC